UCAGUCCACCCACAGGCACCGUGAGGAAUAGACAAAACUCCUGGAUACUUACCCUUGGAUUUAGAGGUAGCUGGUUCGCCCCCGCCAUGGCCGCCGUGGACAUCCCCCUGGCUCCCGUGAUGAGCGCCCCCAUCAUGGAGCCCCCGCCGCAGUUCGUGGACCCCAAGAUGCAGAGAAUACUGAACCGGAAGCGUAGGAUGAACUUCUUCGACCUCGCGAACCUCCUCGACUCGGAUGGCAACUUGCAGAACGAGAUGAUGGUGUUCGCCUUCGCCGCCACGAUGCUCUCCACGAUCCCGGUCCUGCUGGGGAACGAGUUCGACGUGAACGUCGGCCUCCGGAGGAAGCGGCAGACGUUCCAGGAGACGGGAGACCCCGCCGACCCCGACGAGAGCUCCUACCUCUCGUACGCCACGCAGCCCGACGACGACGACUCGCAGCCCCAGCCCUUCUUCUCCGCCUCGACCUACAAGAAGCUCAUGACCGCUCCGCCGGGCACGAAGGACUUCUCGCACAUCUACAACGGCUCCAUCACGGCUCCGGAUCCCUUCGACGCGAAGCCCUCGGCGGACGCUGACAUGAUGGAGCUCCUUCGAGAACUCCUGAUCUGGUCCCACGAGAAGACGAAGGGCAAGCCCCUCCUGCCGAUGCUCAUCAACCUUGCCCUGGACAGGUACGGCGGCAACCCCAACCCCGCCGACAAGUUAGUGAGCGUCGCCUACAAAAAAUGGAAGAACUUCUGGUAG